CAACCAUCUCCUAUGUUCUCAAGGGCUUUGCGAGUGCAGAGAUACCGUGAUAUUGCAACAGUAUCGACCAUUCACCCUGUCAGAUCAUCUGCGCAUAGACCAUUGGUGUUGUUAGGAAAUUCUUACAGCAGCCUUUCGAGUAAUUAUCAACCGCCCUUCUGCCCUUUCAAGACUGAACAUAUAUAAGACCCUGUUUCAAUCGGUACAUCGACGGAUCCCAAGAAAUCCACCAUGUCUACAGAUACUAGCAAACUCAGAUACAUUGAUAUCGGCAUCAACUUCACUGACCCAAUCUUCCGCGGUAUCUACCACGGCAAGCAGCGCCACGACGACGACUUUGAAGACAUCAUCCAGCGCGCCACAGAUGCUGGCUGCAAGAAAUUCAUGGUCACCGGCUCCGACCUCGCCGAAUCCAAGCACGCCAUUGAAAUCGCAAAAGCCCACCCCGGACUAUGCUACGCCACAAUAGGCGUGCACCCGUGCUCGGCAAAGCAAUUCGACGAGUUCCCAGGCGGGCCGUCGAAGCUCCUCGAAGCGCUGAAAGAGCUCGCGACGGAGGCCAGAGACGCCGGCCACGCUGUUGCGUUUGGCGAGUUCGGACUCGACUACGACCGCCUGUUCCUCACGCCCAAGGAGCAGCAGCUCAAGUACUUCGAGGCGCAGCUCGAGAUCGCGGUCGAGGUGCAACUCCCCCUGUUUCUGCAUUCGCGCGCCGCCAGCGAGGAUUUCGAGAGGCUGUUGGGGGCGCGGCUGGAGCAGUUGCCGAAGCGAGGGCUGGUGCACAGUUUCACGGGGACGGUGGAGGAGAUGCAGAGACUGGUGGCGCUGGGGUUUGACAUUGGAGUCAACGGGUGUAGUUUGAAGACGGAUGAGAACGUCGAUGUUGUGAGGCAGGUACCGCUCGAGCGGUUGCAGAUAGAGACCGACGGGCCUUGGUGCGAAAUGCGGCCUAGUCAUGCAUCCGCAAAGUAUCUCAAAGACGCCCCUCCUCUACCAAAGGCUGUUAAGAAGGAGAAGUUUGUCAAGGGCUCGAUGGUCAAGGGGCGGAACGAGCCUGCCACCAUUCCGCACGUCGCAUACGCCAUUGCACAGAUCAAGGGUAUCACGGUGGAAGAGGUGUGUGACGCAGCAUGGAACAACUCAAUCAAGAUGUUUGGGCUUGGGGAGUCGCAAUAGAAGCUUGCUUGAGCGUGCAUGUAAAGUGGCCAAGGAUUAGACAUGGUUGCAUCCACCUAGGAAGCAGAGAGUGUAGAACGUGUUGUACUGAAUUUGAUUUGUACAGA